AUGACAUUGACCAGCAAUGAAAAGCGCGCCCAGCGGAGGCAAGAAUGCCGCGAGGCUCUGGUAGCUCAUAUCCACGAACGACUUGGACUCAAAGUUCCCCCAAACAGGGUCCGCCUGCAGCCUCGCUCCGAAGACGGCUAUGCGUGGUCUGUCGCGGAAGGAUACGAGUAUCUAUUAGCAACAAGCUUGAGCAACGGAUCUGUCGGCAGAUACGGCAGCAUCAUCGACAACCUGGGUCGCUCAAUCGAGGCCAUCCACCCGAAGACUCUGGUGCCAAGCUGCACAAACCAGAAUUCUAAUCCAAGCACAACAAGCCCGAUUCCACAGGUUGAAAACGGGUCCUUCACUGCCACUAUCCGACGGCUAGAGUGCGAGAAUGAGGAGCUCACUGAUGAGCUUGAUCAGGCGCAGUCACGGUCCAAUGCAUUGCUGAUGAAGGUUGAGGAAUGGAAGACGCGGGCACAAGCCAUGGAAGAGCAGCUAAGAGAGAGCCAGAGUCUGGUGGCUCGGCUUGACGAAGAGUUGAGAGAGGCGCAGGGAGGAAUGGCCAAGGCGGUGAAGCUGUUACAGAGUUUCCGGGCACACGAGGAGCCGCAGUCACGUGGGAGUGAAAACCCAAUAUGUUAUGACGCCGCGCGUUCGCCAAGUCGGGAAAAAUGA